AUGUCUCUCCUUCUCGGCCACUCUCCGAAGUUCUUCAUUCGGAAACCAGUGUUGGUAAGAGCCUCUGAUGGCCUCUCAUCUUUCCCGCUGCAAACCCCUCCUUGUUUCGUCCGUGACGACAAUCCUUGUGGGCCGGAGUAUGUAGAACUCAGUUUUGCAUAUGCUACUAGCAAUUUUCCUAAAUUGAUAAAAAAGGCGCCUGUCGAGUUGGUGUAUAACGAUGCAGCGGCACUCUGCGUUGCAUCUAAUGCAUCUAAUGCAAAUCCAAAACCCAUCUUGCUGCCUCCUCUUGUAACUUUGCCUCAUUGCCAAACCCAAAUCAUCACCAACGUGUCCUUGUCCUCACCAUCUCCAGAGGAAGAAGAUUGUGUCGUGGCUGUCAAGUUCUUGGGAACCCUAGCUUCUUCUCCUCCCGUCCGUGUCAUGUUUUCUAAGAAACAUACCAUGUUUCGCAUACUUGGAUCUGGAGGCCAACUCAUUGGAUCGUGGGAUCUCUGCGAUGACAAGCACACACCCAAGUUUCAGGAGUUGCGAUAUCUCAACCUUCCCGAGCUGAGCAAAGCUGAACGUGAGACUAUGCAUUCCUGUUUCACGAGCGAACACUUGGUGGAAUCUCGAUCCACUG